GAAUUCUUGAGUCCACCCACAUCACACUGUUGAAUUUGUUCCUUUCACAGUCAAAAUGUUCCGCACUCCUGACUUUCGGUCAACAACGGCCGGCGAGUCGUAUGAAUUGUCAGAUCCAGGAACCAGGCUCAACGAGCUGGAGCAAGACACAACGAUCGACAAAUCGAGAGAAGAAAGGAUCGCAACGAGAGACGCAGCAGACUUGGCGCGCUUGGGAAAACGACAGGUACUUAAGCGGAAUUUCACCUUCCUGCCUAUUCUGAGUUUUGCUUGUACUGUGAUCAUCACUUGGGAAGCAACAUUCUUUACUCUGGAACUUUGCCUUCCAAAUGGCGGACCUGCAGGUGCCAUCUAUUCAUUCGUAUUAGUAUGGGCGGGUAUGCUUUGUGUGUUCACAACAAUAGGGGAAAUGACAUCAAUCGCGCCAACUAGCGGAGGACAAUAUUAUUGGGUUGCCAUGCUUGCUCCAAAGUCAUAUCGAAAGUUUUUGAGUUAUAUCACAGGAUGGAUUACCCUGAUUGGCUGGCAAGCUGUUACCGCAUCGACAUUAUACAUUUGCGCAACUCUCAUUCAGGGCCUUACUGUUCUGGCACAUUCAACUUCCUCGCCCACACUUUGGCAGGGUGUGCUGUUGGUCUGGGCCAUGGUGGCGUUCUCUGUCUUCUUCAAUACCAUAUUAGGCAAUCUCCUCCCCCAUGUAGAAGCCCUUGGCAUGAUUCUGCAUGUUGUGGGCUUCUUUGCCAUUUUGGUACCGAUGAUAUAUCUAUCCAAUCAUGCAGAUGCUAAAGUCAUCUUCACGACCUUCGGCAAUGAAGGUGGAUGGCCAACUCAGGGGCUAGCAUUCAUGACGAUCCUAAAUGGUGCUGUCUUUGACUUCUUAGGGUCAGAUUCCGUUAUUCACAUGGCAGAGGAGACACGGAACGCAGCCAAAGUCUCCCCGAAGAGCAUGUUUAUCUCCAUUACCUUCAAUGGUGUGCUCGGACUCGCAGCAUUAAUUGCGACGACGCUGUGUGCUGAUGAUCUCGAUGCGGCUCUCAAUUCGCCGAUUGGAAUCCCGUUCAUUGCAAUCUUCUUGCAAACUACCCAAUCGGUGGCUGGCUCGAUGAUCAUGAGCGUAAUCCUUCUUCUAAUGCAAGUAUUCGCCGCUAUCGGUAUCAUGGCAGCAACUUCUCGCAUGCUUUGGGCGUUUGCCAGAGAUCGUGGGGUGCCAGGAUGGAGGACUCUGAUCAAAGUUGAUGGCAAGAACCACAUACCAAUGAAUGCCAUAGGGGUCACGGUAGCCAUUUCUUGCCUCCUCGCCUUGCUCAAUCUCGCCGGGCCGAUUGUCUUCAACGAUAUUGUCUCGCUUACAGUCUCUUCUCUCCUGCUUUCUUAUUUCAUCGUUUGCGCGCUACUACUGUGGCGGCGAUGCACACGCUAUAUGUCCUACAACACGCCGGUGUCUCAGCAGAUCAUUAUUGGCGACGAGAACUCUGUACCAGAACUCAAUUGGGGCCCAUGGCAUUUGCGCGGCGCAGUCGGAACAUUCAUCAAUUUCAUGUCCUGCGCAUUUCUGGCUGUGACAGUGUUCUUUAGCUUCUGGCCACCGGAAGUUAAUCCGACACCGCAAACAAUGAAUAUGAGUGUGCUAAUGUUUGGAGCAACCACUCUAUUUGCGGUUAUUUGGUAUGUUAUCAGAGGGAGAAUGACUUAUGAGGGGCUUAUUAUCGAAUUGGAAUUGGAUGGUUGA